AUGGGAUCUACAUAGAUGAAAUCUUAGCGGAGAUUCGUUCCUGCUGCUGCCAGCUUUCUUUACAAAAAAUGGGAGUUCCUUCUAUCAAGUAAUUGAUAAAUAUAAACAGCUCGACGGAAGUCAUCAUCAGCUACUUACUCCCAAACAAACCAAAUUCGUAGAAUAUAUGAGUGACGAAUAUAGCUCUUUUCAUACUCACUCGUCUACUUCUGAAUACAACUGCCACAAAACUCAAGCUAAUGAUGUCGAAGAUGAGCAACCCUUACUGGCCUCAUCUGAUACAGCUAGCGAUCUUGAAAAUGUAACAAUUCAUCAGUUGGUGUCGCCAUCCGUAUUUAUCAAUCCCAUCACAGUCGAUAUUGAACAUUACGAGCAGCAACAUCAUGCAACUGCGACACCCUCAAGUUGUGUCAUUAAUCUAGCUAAUACCAUCUUGGGAACGGGUAUGCUUGCCAUGCCCUCAGCGAUGGCUUCUGUUGGUGUCAUACCUGGUAUUUUCAUGAUCUUCUUGUCAGCUUUGGCCUCAGCGCUUGGCUUGCAUUUCUUAUCUCGUUGUGCUGCACGUACAGAAGGACGUAACGCAUCGUUCUUUGCUAUUUCCAAAUUAACUUACCCUAAAGUGGGCGUCCUUUUUGAUCUUGCCAUUGCUAUCAAGUGUUUUGGUGUAGCUGUAUCUUAUUUGAUCAUUAUCGGUGAUUUGAUGCCGCAGGUAAUCAAUUCCUUCUUCUUCAAAUCAGCGUCAGCAUCUGUUUACUUCCUGACGGAUAGACGAUUCUGGAUAACGUUUUUCAUGUUGACAUCCGUAUUACCAUUGAGCUUUUUGAAAAAAUUGGAUUCAUUAAAGUAUACCAGUUUGGUGGCUCUGGUCGCUGUGGUAUAUCUCUGUGUUAUUGUGGUUUAUCAUUAUAUCUCGCCGAAUUAUCCACCACCACCUAAAACAGAUAUUGAAAUAUUUAAUCUGAACAGUAAAAUACUGGGGCACUUGCCGGUAUUUGUAUUUGCUUUCACUUGCCAUCAAAACAUUUUCUCAGUCUACAAUGAAUUAAAGGAUAACAGUAGACGGUCUAUAACAAAAGUCAUCUCGACUUCGAUUGGCUGUUCUGCGUUCAUUUAUGAAUCCAUUGCUAUAUUAGGCUAUCUGAGCUUUGGUAAAAACGUGCGAGGCAAUAUCAUAAUGGAAUAUCCGCCUAGUUAUUUUGUUGCUGGUGGUCGUCUCGCUAUGGUUAUUCUUGUUGUUUUUAGUUAUCCGUUGCAAGCACACCCAUGUCGAGCCUCUUUAGAUAAAGUAUUGGCCUGGUUCUCAGCCCCAUCUGCAGAUGUAAAGUUGACUCCUCCACCACCUUCAGAAUUGAAAUUCUACGCCAUGACAACUACUAUACUAAUACUAAGCUAUAUCACUGCAAUUACAGUGACAGAGCUAGACCUGGUAUUGGCAUUUGUAGGCUCAACAGGAUCGACAACAAUAUCGUUUAUACUCCCAGGUUUAUUUUACUAUAAAAUUCACGCGAAUGAUCCUUGGAAACCAGGCAAGAUAAUUUCUGUUCUACUGGCAGCAUAUGGCAUUUUUAUCAUGACGGUAUGCUUAACAUUCAAUAUUCUGCGGCUGAACGGAACAAUAUCAAUGUAAUGGGCACAAAGGAACAACGAAACCAGCAAACCCCUAUCUUUCAGCAUUUAAAUAUUAUCAAUAUCCUCAAUGACGUGGAUUGAUUGUUAGAGUGUCAAAAUUUUAUACAUUUCCAAACGUAACAUCUCUUUUCCUUCAUCAAAAUAAUGGGAUAAAAAACCGUAAUAAAACUUUAAUCACUGUAUCUUACAAAGCAAG